AUGUCUGAUCAUAAUCUUCAACAACCUUAUUAUUACACAGAUGAUAAUUUUCAGUAUUUAUUUGCUGCGGAAUUGCAUCCAACUCUUUCUUCUUUUUUGCCGCCUUCAACAGCUACUGACUUUGAUGUUCCAGUAAAUUUAAUCUAUGAAAGCUAUAUUCAUCAAGCAGCUGCUGGACCUUCUCAAAUUAUCGUACCAGCAAAUGUCAACAAUGGAAGCUAUUUACAACAAAAAUAUAUUGAUCGUUAUAUUAUUUUUCAUUCGCUUCAAACUAAUAAUUGCUGCGGAAUUACAUCAAAAUUUCCUUCUUUUUUAUUGCCUUCAACAGCUACUGGACCCUAUAAUCUGUCAGACAUGUCUGAUAAUUAUAGAAACAAUAUUCAAACUUCCAACAGUAUUUCUGAUUAUCAAAAUAAUCAAGGUUUUGGCGCUUCUAUCGAACCUUAUAAUAAUGAAAGUUCCCAAACUGGUGAAAGUUGUGAAGAGGCUCAAUUAAAAAAUAAAAAUAAAAAAACUCCAUGUAAAUGGAAAGAUGAACCAACUGUAAUGUUGCUUAAAUAUUUGAAAAAAUAUAAGAAAUUGAUUCUUGAGCUAAAAAAACGUGGUUCUACAGCAGGAAAAGUCAGAAUGCCUCUCUGGAAAGGUGCCUCCAUUAUGCUACGCAAAAAUAACUACAACAAUUAUUCUGAGAAACAGUGCGCAAAUAGGUGGAAAAAUAUUAAACAGAAUCAUGAGAAUCGGCAUAAGAAGUAUCAGUUAUAUGUUGAGGAGAUUCUUGGGUCAAUAUUAUUAUCAAAGAAUUUAGAAAUAUAA